AAACCCAUCUCCCCUUUCUCUCACUCUUAUCACUCGAAAACACUUCCAAUUCCAACCGAAUCCCCCACAUCACAACUUUGCUUUCUUCUUCUUCUUCAUCUCCUCUGCUGUUUGAUUAUCAUCAGAAACAGAGAACCGACCCAUGGCUUUGGAAGCUCUAAAUUCUCCCACUACUCCGUCGCCGGCUCUCCACUACGACGACCCGAGCCUGAAUUCGUUAGAGUCGUGGUCCAAGCGGAAGAGGACCAAGCGUCCACGGGGGUUCGACAACCCACCCACAGAGGAAGAGUACUUGGCGCUAUGUCUCAUCAUGCUGGCUCGUGGCGGCGGAGCUGACCCUGGCUAUGAAGUUCCGAUUCCGGCUCAGCCCAUAUCGGUCGUUAAGCUUAGCUACAAGUGCUCUGUCUGCGACAAGGCGUUUUCGUCUUACCAGGCCUUGGGUGGCCACAAAGCCAGCCAUAGGAAAUCAGCUACAGGGGAAGACCAGUCAACUUCCUCCACAACCACCACUUCCGCCACCGCCACCGCCGCCGUCGGUGGGGGAAAAUCCCACCAGUGUUCUAUUUGCCACAAAUCGUUUCCGACCGGCCAGGCGUUGGGCGGUCACAAACGCUGCCACUACGACGGCGGAAUCGGCAACAACAACAGCAAUAACCACAACAACAGCAGCAACCACAACCACGCCGUGACAUCAUCGGAGAGCCACACGCAGAGCCACCGCGACUUCGACCUCAACCUCCCGGCCUUACCGGAACUGUCACCGGAGUUCUUAGUCUCCGCCGGCGACGACGAGGUCCAAAGCCCAUUACCCCUCAAGAAGCCUCGCAUACUGACGAUUCCCAAAAUCGAAAUUUCUCAAAAUCUUUGAAAUCAAACCCAGAUUCAUAAUCUUAGGGAAAUUCCAAUUAAGAAGGAAAAUACAAUUUGUUUGUUUGUUUAGGUGAUUUGAUUUUGUGUACAUAGAAGAAAGUAGAAAUUAUAACCCCAUUUAUCGCGCUUUGAAUAUCUUUGGUUUGUCCUUUGUCCUACUCCCUACUCCUAUUGUACUUGGUAGUCCGUCCAAAUGAUAAAUUCAAUUAAUUAUUCUUUCAUAUUGGUUCAGUUGGGCAUUUAAUUCUCAAUUAUGGAAAUUUAUAAAAUGAGAAAUUGAAUUAAUGAGAGUGACAGGGGAAAAGAAAAGGUAAAGAAGGGGGGAUCCAAAUUCAGAGCACGCAAGGAAUGAAGAUGGGGGAGGUGGCGUGCGGUGACGUGGCGGCAUGCGUGGCCGAGUUUCAAAGCCCACUCCACACCGAAUCUCACGGUUUCGUUUGGUUUCUUAAUUUUGUCUCUAUUCUUUCUUUCAACCUUUUCUGCCAAAUUCCCAUUUUCCAUGUUCAACUUGUGUAAUUAGUUUCAGCUUUGGUUAGUCCAGUGGGGUGUGGAGUAUAUUUGGUUUAUGACGCUACAGAAACGUGAAAAAUAAUAGAACGUUGUGUUCCAA